AUGGCAGCUACCAGAGCCUUACCCGCAGACUUGAAGGAGGACCUGCUUCGCUCCCACGAAGGUCGGACAUCCGUCCAGCCCAGCCCUCCGCCCUCCACAUAUACACUGCCCGAUGGUUUCCUCGAAGGCCCAGCGCCCAAUUUGACCAGGUCUAAAAUUGAUUUCAAGAAGGCUGGCUUGUUAGAGGACGAAAAGUCAUGGGCUGUCAUACUUGAUGGUGUCCUCUCUGAAGACGAGUGCAAUAUUUUAGUGCAAGCAGCCGAGGCGACCGCAAACGGCAAGUGGGAAAGGGCUCUGGUCAACGUUGGUGGAGGCAUGCAGGCUAUGUAUGAGGACACGAGAAAGUGUGGGCGCAUCAUCUGGGACAACAAAGACAUCAUGGCCAAGCUAUGGGCGAGGAUAGAGGCGUCGGUGCCUGAGAUCCAUCGAUUGCAGAACUGGGUCGACGUCACAGGCAACGGCCCAGCGAGACGGGGCGAGACGUGGAAGGUGACCAGACUCAAUGAACGCGGACGCUAUCUCAAGUACAUCGGCGGGGAGUAUUUUAAACCGCAUUGCGAUGGGACCUACGAAACGCCCGACGGCACCGAGCGCUCUUACUUCACCCUGCACCUCUACCUCAAUGAUGCGGUAUCGAAGAGCGGAGAGAAACAGCUCGAGGGUGGCGCCACUACAUUCUUCAAUAGCAGUAUGAAGAGCCGCAUAGACGUCGAGCCAAAGGCCGGACGUGUCCUGCUCUUCCAGCAUCGCUUCCUCAUUCACUCGGGCGAUGACGUUGUGAAGGGUACUAAGUAUACGUUGCGGACAGACAUCAUGUAUACGCUGGAGAAGGACGUGGCAUCGGAGCCGCAGGAGUAA